AUGUGGGGCUCCUCUACGAAGAACCAGAGGAUUGAGCGGCUAUGGCUGGACGUUGGUAUUCAGUACGCGCGUCGCUGGCGGGCCUUCUUCUUGCGCCUUGAGCGUCUCCACGGCCUUGACCGUAAGAAUCCGCACCAUAUCUGGCUCUUGCAUGCUCUCUUCCUUGAUGCCGUCAAUCAAGACUGUGCAACAUUCCAGGAGGAGUGGAACCGUCACCCUAUCCGGACGGAAAGCAGUCAAACGCCUCUUCAAAUGCGCUUCGCUUCAGUUGUGGAGAAUGGUGUCUAUACCUCUCCUUCACUCGAUCUACAUGCCGAUGUCCAUCCUGAGAUUCUCCAGCGCUAUCACGGAGUUACCCGUCUUCGCCGUGGUGAAUCGACAGUCACUGCCGCGGAUAGUGACUCUGGUGACUCAUCUGACGAUGACUCGUCUGAUGAAGAGGAUGGACCGGUCAUUCCUGAGCCUGCACAGGCACAGGAUAUAGCGGAUGCAGCACAAGGUGAUGUUGAUGCACUCGACAUUGAAACAUUAGUUGAGGCUUUCAAUGGGGACGCCAUCACUGGUGAUGUGGCCGAGGUUGCUCGCCAUAUUGGCUCUGACCAGCAGGCCAAUAUACGUCAUGAUCCUAUUGAUGUCCCGGAUAAGCGCUGCCCAUUCGCGUCGAUAGAGGAGGAGACUGUAUUUUGGGAGGAGCUGUCUGCGAGGGAGGAGCGGGGGGAGAUACCUGGUGAUAUGAUGGUCACUCAGGCUGAAUGGCUUCAGCGCGCUUUGGAGGAAGAGCUGGAUGAGGAUGAUGAAGAUGCUGUUUAUCCGACAAUGGAAAACAUUCGCGUUGGCAGAGCGCGCAAGGAGUACAAGAUUAUGUUGCCUUUGGAGAUCUGGUUUCCUCGUGCUUUGAAGUGGGCCCGUGCUGUGACUCUCAUGAAUGAGAUACUGUUGGUAGACAACUAG